AGCGUUAAAAUUUAAUGAACGUUGGCUGCAGUUGCAGGCUUCCAACGGCAGGGGCCGCUCUAUCUAAACCGGUUACCGUGGUUACCGGGUUGCCUGCCGACGCCGGUGAAGCGCUGAGGGAAUUCCUGCUCCAACUGCGUGAAAGGCUGAACUCCUCGAGAGGAGCAACCGAGGGAGGUUCUCGAUGCAUUUAGCAAGACCGAAGUCUUCCAAAGGGAGGAGCAGACCCGCCGUGGACGGCUCGCUGCGCGCCGGCGGUCCGCACGUCGACCCGAAACUCCCGGAGGGUCAUCCCAGGGGCAAGCUGGACGGGAGUCUCCGCUCCCGGUCCGAGCCUGAAAUUCGGCAGGCCCGCAGGUGGGACAAGGAGGGAGUUCUGCAUUUGCUGCAACAGGCUCCCGCGAGUCCACCGGCGUCCCUGAACAGGUACCGGGUCCUGCCGUCCAUCAGGAACAGGCGCUCCGAGGAGAGGCCGCGGAAGAGCCUGGAUGAAAUGAUGCUCCAGCUCAGCCUGUCAGACGGAGCGGGCGCCCGGAGCAAGAGACCGGAGGAGGACAGGGAUGACGGACAGCCCCGCGGCGAGGGAGCACGGCCAGGAUCCCCGGAAGCAGCCCCGCCGACCACCAAAGCGGGCAGCUUGCUGCUGGCCAUCCGAGCGCCGUGCGGGCGGAGGUUCGAGCAGCUCUUUGACCCCGCAGACACCCUGCGGGCGGUGAAAGCCAGCGCAGAGGCCCGGUUCGUUGCCACCUACAGAGAGGCGUUCAUCGAGACCAUGGAUAUGCCACGCAGGACCUUCACGGACAUGGACAUGACUCUGGCCCGGUGUGGCAUCCCGAACAGAUCGGUGCUGUGCAUCUCCCAGAACGGCGACCGCGUUCAACAAAACGUCAAAUAAAAGCAACCAAGCGCCCUGCUGUGGUCCAUCUGCUGAUGAAUGAUGCGCGUUUUUGAACAAAAAUGAUGCAUGUGAGAAAUCAGACCAGACACGUAGUCCAUUGCUUGUUUCUUUGAGGGGAUUAUGCACAUCCUAGACAGGUCAACAGCCCAAUUACCUGGCAACCCAGACAAAAAAAACAAAAACACGCAGGGUCUGAUUCCUGAGGGCACUUUAGAGAGCCAAAGACCGGUAAACAUGAGAUGCAUGUUUAUGCAUGCAAGCCAGAGUUUUGUAGUCUAUGAAAAGCAAAUUUAAAUCUACAAAAAGAAAAAAAAAUCCAGAAAUGGGUAUCAGCAUCUCUCUAAUGGGAGGACUUUAUCUUGUUUCAGCAGAAAGCGAGACCAUCACAUGAUACAACUUACGUUUCCUGCAGUGAUUUUAAGCCUUAAAGCAGUGUUCAUGAUGGAUCUAAAAUAUCAAGCCAGUUUAAUCCAAAGUUGACAUUUUUUUUCUUUGCAACUCCUUAGUUUUUGCAUGCCAAGUAAAGCUUUUUAUUAUGAUGCCAUUUAUCAUGAAAUUCGUAUUUUCAGUGUUGCAUUCUGUAGAAUAAAUAAAAGCAGAGUCAUUUCAGAUAAAGGAAAAGACUCAAACUGGGCUGAAUCAAUCCCUCUAACAUGCAUUGGUUUUUACAUUUGGUCUAAAUGGAUCCAGAAAAUCAUUCCUAAAUAGUUUAAAUUAUUGCGUCCACAAACCAAACGCUGAACAAAGAUGGUUGCUGGUCACUGAAGUUUUUUUUUUAUUAAAACAAAGUCCACAAAAGGAGAUGCGUGGUUGCAUUUGAUACAGGCUCUUGAUACGCGACUGAAUACAGGAAGCCGGCGGCAGCAGAGAAAUUAUGCAACAGGUUUUGAGAAAGUGCGCUUUGUUUUGCUUAAA